CUCGAAAACGCACCAGAGACGCCGGCAUGAGUCACUGCUCUGGCCUUUCAUGUUAACAUUUGCCGCCGCUUCGCCAUUCUGAAGUGACUGCAUAUCACGCUGUCUCUGCAUUUUGACAGAGCUUGCCGCUUAGCAUUGCCGCGUUCCUGAACCGUUGAGGAUAUAACGUAAGCCCGGGCGGGCUUCUCAAUUUCUCAAUCGGCGGCGACGACGACUUCGGGAGUGUUCCAUUGCCGUUCGUUUAUUGCAUUCCUGCUAGCAAAUUACAUCACAACGAGCCAGUUUUUUGUACAUUGAUAUCUCCUGGUUCGAACGCUCUCCUGCGCAUUGUCGAGAUGAUCCCAAUUCGCACCCGCGGUGGCGCAUCACCCAGAUUCAGCAGACAGGCCGUGGCAGAAGCGCCCGCGUCCCGGGUUGUGUCGAGACCGGUCCCGGAAAAGGAGGCCAAAGAUGCGAGAGGCUAUCAGCUCGAGCAGCUGAGACGCCGCUACUCCCCCUCAGAAACGGAUCUCGAGAACGGGGAUGUCCGCCUCCUGUUCAACCUGAGUCCGUCUGAUCCUGACUUUCCCUUUCCCCUCGACCGCCUGGAGUGUGAGCUCCACGUCCCGGCAGGAUAUCCGAGACAGGCGCCCCAGCUUCACGUCAAGAACACGGACAUACCCCGAGGCUUUGCCAUCAACAUCGAAAGGGGCUGGGACAAGCUCGUCCAGGAGAAGCGUGGCGCGACCCUGCUGGCACUGACCAACGCGCUCGACAGGAACCUGGAGUCGUUCUUGUCGGAGAAGAAGGCCGAGACGGUGAAGUUGACGAUAUUCAAGGACACACGCCCUCUAGAUGACGGGGCAUCGGUAGGCCAGACGACCGAAUGUCCCGCCCAGCCGGUUCCGAAGCCGUCUGCGGCCGCUCGGCCUUACGUGCCUGAGGAGUCGUACAGCCGCGAGCAGAUCGCAGAGGCCAAGUCGAGACGCGCUCAGGAAGUGAGACAACUCGAGGCUCGCAUGGGCCGGUUGCCACUGUACCACAAGUCCAUCGACGGUAUCGUCUACACCCUCCCCCUGGAACCAAAGCAGAGGUCCGAUCUUCCCGAUGGCCUCCAGCAUAUCCAAUCCGUCCAACUCAUCAUCCCGCUUCUAUACCCACUACAAUCCCUGAGGAUUCUCCUGAACGACGUGGAGUCCAAGGAUGCUGAGCCGUUGGAGGAACUCUUCACGCAGAAGGCGGCUGAGCAGAAGCAGCGAUCCUUGAUGAGCCAUCUGAACUAUCUCGCCCAACACUUGCAUGUGCUAGCGAAACAGGCCCGGCCACCCCCAGAGACGCAUGGGACUGUUGCUGAAGUGCCGAGUGGUGCAGAUCAGGAAGCAGAGGAGGCCGAGCAUUCGUCAGAGUUGGGCGCUGGAAGAGGUCAUGUUCAUGUCAUUCCCCGGCCGCCGGAAUGGACCCUCGACGACGGAACCGACGCGUCAUCGGAAGAUACGUCGGAUGGUGAAGAUGGCGAGGAAGGAGGCGCGACGGUUGAACCCCAACAGGCUGAUGAGCCGAGCCUGUCGACUCAGACGCGCGAACUGGGGACCGCAAUGUCUUUUCCUUCAAUCGAACUUCACGGGAUUGAGCUUCUCCAGGUUUCUAUUCUCAAUCUCAGCGUCAAAUGCGACCGCUGCAAGACGCUGAACGAGAUUGCCGGGCUGAAGGACCAGUUGGAGAAGCCAAGCAGCUGCAAGAAAUGCGCCUCCCCCUUCACCAUCCGCUUCCGCCAGGAGUUCGUCCACCAGCAUUUGAACCGCGCCGGCUUCAUCGACGCCGCGGGUUGCGCCGUAGCCGAUCUUCUCCCAAGGUAACAAAGCCCCUCUUUCUUUCUCCUCCCACCUUAUUCCCCGCCGUCACCACAGCAAAGUCACCCACCGUCUAACUAACCGUCGGGGCAACCCCCCCUCCAGCACGUUCAUCCCAACCUGCGCCCGCUGCUCCACGCCCGCCAGCGCGGGCCUGGUCUCGGUGCGCGGCGAGACCACCACCAACGUCUGCCGCGCCUGCCACGCGCGCUUCACCUUCGCCCUGCCCGAGGUCAAGUUCCUGGCCUACGCGCCGGGCCUUCGCCG